AUUUUCAUGAUCUAUUUUGAAUAGGCAAAAAGAGCAUGUUCAAUUUUUUCUCUUCAUUUCUGUCAUUGCUCCGUUGGUUAUCUGGCAAUAAAGGUUUAGGGUCAAUGGCGACGGCCAGCUGAAUGUUUGUUAUGGUUGACUUUGUUCGUACUUACACGUCAAUCAGAACAGCCCUGUUUGCUCCUGUCUUUCCCCUCAACAUCCCUAAUGUAGGUUUCUGAAACGUAAAAUGGCAUCGAAUGGUGGGGUAGGAUCUGUCUUAUGGCGCAAAGCACGUACAAAGACUGUGCUCACGAAACGCUAUGCGUUUCACAGGAAGAUGGAUUCCGCCGAUGACCAAGAAGCUUGCACGCAAAAUGACUUUACUUCCUGUUUUAUAGAUGAAUCAGAAAGUGAUGGGGAAGACCUUGCUGAUGAAGAAGGGAAGUUACUUGAAGAGCCCUCGGUUGUUUUCCCAGAUGAUCACCCACGAAAUGGUAGGUCUUGCGGUAGGUUGGCUGGAUGUCAAGAUGACAAUGAUGAUGCCGAUGCGAGUGAACCUCUCACAGGUGUCAGCAAAAUUAGUGGAAAGAAAUUUGAUUUUGGUUCCCAUGGAGUUUCUCCUCCUUCUCCCAAAGAUGGAAUUGACUUUGUGGACAUGGGUGUGGCACGAGAUGAAGACUUUUCUGUGCAUGAUUAUACAGAUCAAGGACUUGGUCGAGGGGAUCCUCAACAUCAUAGCAUUUUGAAAGAAGGAAAUUUAAAAUCUCGACCGAAGAAGUCUUCAAGUAGAUCUAGAAAACGUCCAAGAAAGACUUUUCAGCCGUCAGUAACAUUUGGCUGUCUUGAUAUGUUCAUUGGCAUUUUUGCCAUUGUUAUAUUUUUUAUUGAUAUAGGAACUGAUAUCGAACUUGCCAUUCAUUAUUUUAAUCAGAAAAUGUGGGACUAUGGUGGUGUUACUACUGGGUUGAUUCUUUUCCCUUCCUUUGUUACAUGCUUUCUAGGACUCCACUGGUAUAUUAUUGAUUACAGGAAAGAAAAAGAAGUGGUUGAUAGGCUCACGAAAGCUAAAAAGAAAGCAUAUAUCACACCGACACGGGUAUGGUUUCUCAGGAUAUUCUUCACAGCGCUUCAGAUGGGACCGGUAGUCAGAAUAGUGGAAUAUUUGUACUGUGGUCACAUGAGUCAGAGCAAGAAACUGACAGAGAGGGAGCGGAGGAGGUACUACCGCUUUAUGCUGUAUGAGGAUGUAGACAGUUGCUUGCUGAGACUGUUUGAGAGCUUCCUGGAAGCUGCCCCUCAGCUGACCUGGCAGCUGUACAUUGUGAUGGUCCUUAAGCCUAAAGAGGAUGUGGUUGGCACAUCGAUGCGAGCAGCUGCUCUACUGUCCUCCUGGGCCAGCCUGGCUGUGUCUCUAGUUUCCUAUCACAAGUCUCUGAGGAACUCGCAUGAGGAAAAAGCAAAGAUGUCCAUAGCCAGCCUACCUUUCUAUUUUGUGUGGAGAGCCAGUGAAAUCGGAGGCAGGGUGCUGUGUAUUGCUAUGUUUGGAUCAGCUUUCAGGUUCUGGGUAUUUGGACCAUUAGUGUUUCACUGGGUAUUUAUUUCUGGCUGGCUCAUGAUGCAGAAGACGACUUUCUACAAGAACAGCUGCUUAGAAAGAGCCUUUAAUAUCAUCUGUGGAUAUGUGAUGAUAUUCUGUUUUUUAAAUCUGAGGGAAGGGCGCACACGCUUUAGGUUCCUUCUUUUCUAUGUUAUAGUUUAUAUUGAAAACUUCUUCAUGUUAACCUUCUGGUUCCGCUUCUCACCCGAUUUGGGAGCAUGGUUUCAUUUGGGUGGGUUUAUAGUUGUUCUUAUCCUGUUUGUACUGCACAUAACAGCUCAACUUCUCUAUUACGCCUUCUUCCACCCCACCAAAAACAUACAGCUGUGUGUGCCAUGUGACCCAUACAUCAUUUACAGCUCAAUAUGUUACGAUGUCCACCCAGGUAUUGAUGAUGUGGUUGGACAGCCCAGUGAAAGAUACACAGUGAGUGAAGUGGUGGACGGCAGAGAUCAGCGACUGGUGGAUGAUAAUUCUUCUCAUAAUAUGCAGCACACCAGCCUGUAGAGAAUAGAGAAUAAGUUGGGAGUUGCAGCAGCAGUGUUGUAGGGAGCGUCGUUUAGUUGUCUCUGUGUUGAAACAAGUUUUGUUUAUCAAUAUCGAGUAAGCUUAUGGCUCAAAGAAUGAGCCAGGUCUAUUUGAAGAGUCUCGAUUUGACUCAAUGCAACAAAGGCUGGAAAUAUUGAAUGAAAAUGCUGAAUGUCCAGUUGGGGAUGGGAGGGGGAUGGUUAGCUGAAGCUGAAUUCAUUGGUCAGUUGUGGAAGCUGCUGUGAAGUCAGGGGGGUCUGGGGUCAAGGAAUGCAAGACUGUAAACUGUCACCUUGACUGCAACAUAGACUGAUGGCUUUCGUUUGUCAUAUUGUAAAAGAAUGUAUUCGUUAAUACUCCAGUUUUUUAAACUUAUUUUAUAUAAAAUAUACUUGUUUGUGUCUCACACAAACCAAUGUGAUCCUCAAUGAACUUUACAGAACCAGAAAUUACCUCAAUGGAAGUUAGGGAAUCAACUGGGGAAGGAAGUGUGAACUAUUUCUAUCAGUCUGUUUUGUUUAAGGCAAUGUAAAAAUGAUUGGCCUUGUAGAAAUGUUUUCUUGUAAUAAGUAUUUUUCUCACAUAAAUUAAAAGAUAGCUUGUACAUUUGAAAAGCGGGUGGGUGACAGGCUCUCUGGGGUGGUUGGUUCUUCCUUUCAUCAAAUAUCUGUUGUUAUUAUCUCUCCUUUUUUUUCUUUUUGUGUAACUCUCUAGUAACACCUGUAAUCUUUGGCACUUGUGUGACCAAAUUUUGUCACCAGUGCUGGAAAACUCUUACUAGAACUAAAAAGGACAUAAAAAGUUGAAGGACUCUUAAAGGAGUUGCAUAAUGUUACCAAUGUUGCAUUACUGCUUUUUUCUGUGCUGCUGUUGUAAACUCCUGAAACUCUUCCUGCUCAAGUCAUGUUCAUCUUUGAACAUUUUAUGUAUGUCUUU